AUUUCGCAUCCUUGGAGAGACGCUGCGCAUUUUACGCACUCAGCGCGCCCGAUCCUUCGUCAAACCAAAACGGAGAGGACGCUCUGGAGUUAACGGAGGGUUUCCUGAUGCUGUAGCUACUCCAAUCCGUGGAAAAGUGUGGGAAUUAAUCCAUAAAGAGGCGUAGGAAUCGAGGGUUCCUGCUGUGUGGCAUUGGAUAUCGGACCAGCUUGUUGAGUUGUCUAGAUACUACCAGCCACUUUUAAUAAUUUCACUAGUUAGCACCGGGGACUCUUGAAGCAGCAGCUACCAUUAGCAUUCUAGUUGCCCGAAGCUGGCUGGCCCCGCUAAGAACUCUCCUUGAGUACACAUCGGCUAGUUAAGGUUUAACUGCCAGCAUGGAGCGCAGUAGCUGGAGUGGCAGUGAGAGUCCAGGGGAGGAUAUGGACAGACUGAGUGACUCAGGAGGGGACAAGACCAUGGAUGGGGACCCUGAGGGGGUCUGGAGCCCUGACAUCGAGCAGAGCUUCCAGGAGGCCCUGGCUAUUUACCCGCCCUGUGGAAGGAGGAAGAUCAUACUGUCAGAUGAAGGAAAGAUGUACGGUCGAAAUGAGCUAAUCGCUAGAUACAUCAAGCUCCGAACAGGCAAGACGCGGACAAGGAAACAGGUAUCCAGUCAUAUCCAGGUCUUAGCCAGAAGAAAAUCUAGGGAGUUCCAGUCCAAAUUAAAGGACCAAAAUGCUAAGGAGAAAGCUCUGCAGAGCAUCUCCUCCAUGUCAUCAGCUCAGAUCGUCUCAGCCACCGCAAUACACAGCAAGCUACUGCCUGGAAUAGUACGAGCUAGCUUCCCGGGCAACACGCAGCUGUGGCAGGGGGUGAUUCCUGGGGGACAGUCCAGCUCCACCACAGAAGACAUCAAGCCGUUCUCUCAGCAAGCCUACUCUGUGCAGACAGCAGGGACCACCACAGUCUCAGGCUACGAGCCUCCUACUGCAGCCCAAAUACACAGAGAGCCAGCGUGGCAGGGUCGCUCCAUCGGCACCACCAAACUACGGCUGGUGGAGUUUUCAUCCUUCCUUGAGACACAGAGGGACCAGGAGGCAUACAACAAGCACCUGUUUGUGCACAUCAGCCAGAGCAGCCCGAGCUACAGCGACCCCCUACUGGAGUGUGUGGACAUCAGACAGAUCUAUGACAAGUUCCCAGAGAAGAAGGGUGGCCUUAAGGACUUGUUCAGCAAGGGCCCGCAAAACGCUUUCUACCUGAUCAAGUUCUGGGCGGACCUGAAUUACAAUGUGCAAGAGGACCCUGCAGCCUUUUAUGGAGUGACUAGCCAGUAUGAGAGCUCAGAGAACAUGACCAUCACCUGCUCCACCAAAGUCUGCUCGUUCGGCAAGCAGGUGGUCGAGAAGGUGGAGACGGAGUAUGCCAGGUUUGAAAAUGGUCGUUUUGCUUACAGAAUCAGUCGCUCUCCAAUGUGCGAAUACAUGAUCAACUUCAUCCACAAGCUCAAACACCUGCCUGAGAAAUAUAUGAUGAACAGUGUGCUGGAGAACUUCACUAUUCUGCUGGUGGUGAGCAACAGAGAAACUCAGGAGACCUUGCUGUGCAUGGCGUGUGUGUUCGAGGUGUCCAACAAUGAGCACGGAGCACAGCACCACAUCUAUCGACUUGUCAAGGAAUAACACAAACACACACUUAUAUAAAUGUGUAUAGACACACACAUGGCCUUUGUUGGUGACAGAAGUGUAAUUCUACAGAAAAAUGUCUUUCAGCCAAACAACUUCAGCUUAGUGAGGAGAGAACGUGGCUACAUCUUCACUGCUGCUCAAAAAACCAUUGUAACAAUAAUAUUGGGGUCAUCUUUAAUAACAUCAGAUACAACACCAUAUGCUGCAGAGUCCUCCUCAAGAGGAGCAUUUCAACAGAACAUAUUCACUAUAACCUGAAAUUCACAUGCUGAUUAUCAUAAAGAACACAGUGGCAUUGCAGCCAUAGAAACACAUCAGGAUCAACCCGGGGGCUUUUCCCAUGAACACCCUGACUCUGAUAUCACCAGUAGAUGUCAUGCCUCCUGCUAAUUGGUUUCUUCCUCACAAUCUCCCAGUAAAUUUGUAUUUUGUUGUUCUGAUGAUAGAAAUGAAAGUAGUAUUUCUGUCAUGUGCUUUUGGGAAACUCAUCCCAGGGACAGAAAAAGAAGAACUCACAACUUUCUCCCUCUGAGACAUAAGUGUGUGUGUGUUAUCUGCCAAGAUAGUGGCAGACACUGAAGGUCAGACCCUGUGUAUCAUCAAUAACCAGGAAAGGAAAUAACACUACUGCAUUAUGAUAUAGUACAGCAUAGAGGUGGGUUUGUACAGAUAGCCACUUCAAAUUGUGUGAGUUGCAUUCUUGCACAAGAAAAGAGGUUUGUCCCAAAGAAAAGAAAUCAAACUUUUACCUUUUUGUAUGUUUUUAUUUAAAAAAAAAAAAAAAGAAUAGCCUCUAAACUUUGGGAAAUUGUUUAUUGAAAGUAGCAUAUAGACUAUAUUUUAAUUCCAGGAACACUAUCUAAAAUGUAUGUUAAUAAGAAACUAUACGUGAAAUUGAAAAAUUCAGGUACCUUUUGGCGCAACAGGUUACUCUUCAUCGAAAUAGAAAUAAAUCAAAACCAUGAUGAAAGUUCCAGUCCUGGUUCACUUGGUGUUAGCUGUCUGCAACAAAUGCAUUAUGUGUCCUGUGACGUCUUCACAAUAAAAGCCACUCUGUGUUCUGUGUUUCAGCAGUUGAAAGGGUUUAAUAUGAAGCUGCAGCAGUAACAAAUGUUGAGUUAGCAACUGAACACAGCUUGCUUACAGCUGACCACGAAACAAGGAGGCUGAGGUCAAUAAGAUAAAACUCAGUGAAAACUCAAAACCUAGCAUAUAGAGCAGUGAUUUCAGUAAAUAGACAUAAAAAGCUAUGAAAGAAUGGUUUUGAUUUUAGGAACAUUUUGAGGAUUAUAUACUGUAGCUGUAUUGUGGAAAGCACUGUGAAUCUUAACUAUACGUCUUUCGUGGUGUUCAAGGGAAGGAAAAGUUUCUUAGAGUUCAAAUAAACAGUUUAAAGAAACCCAAUAUGCAUUUUUAAAAAUCAGGUUUCACUUUGCAAAUUAAGCAUAACAUAGAUCAAUAUUACUAUACCAGCUAACUUGAACAUGUUAAAACAUGUCCAUACUGACAAGCAUGUUCAAAACUAAAACGUUAUUAUAUCCAUAUUGCACUCAACACUGGCCUGACCACACACCUUGUUACCUGUUCUGCAGUUUCAGAAUUUUCCAUGUCAGGAUAGCUCAUUCAGAGCUGUAGAAGACACAGCUCCUUUAAUCAGCCCAGGACUGGUUUCUUCCAUUUAGGUAAUAUUUUGUCAGAAUACAAGUCAUUAUUGAACCAGAAACCAAAAACUGUUGAUGAAGUGGACUGUAGCAGGCGUCGACUUGCGGUCUGUGUCAUGCUCAUCAGCAUGAAGUGCCUUUGGUUCAAAACAGAAGUGGACAUUCUACUGUUUCAUGAGAGUCCUGAUAAUUUAUUGUUGUAGACGGUGUGUAGAAAGUGAAGACAACAGAUUCAUAAUUAGGUAUCACAUGCUCCAGCACUCUGUCUGAAGGCUCCAACUUUCAUAUUUAAUGGCUGUUUCUUGUCAUUUGUAGACAUUCUAGAAAAUCCCGUUUUGAUUUCCCACAUGAUACGUUCUUGUUCACUUUGUGUGCAGUGGCAGUAUUUACAUGUAUUUCCGUUGUUGUGCACAUGUAUGUGUGAGAGCUUCAUGUUAAAGACGUGUGCACACAGUGGUGCCACAUUCAUGAAAUGCAUCUGUUGGGACCGGUCACCAUUGUAGAAUGUCAAAUCUACCUUGUAUCUUCACAUUCUUGCUGUACAAUAACUGAAAACUAUUUGGGCCAUUACUGACAAUAGUCUUGAUCAAAUCUGGUUGCAGUCAUGUUCAGAAGAAGACAUCCUUAUUAGUGCUAAAGUCUUUUUUUAUUUUUAUAAACCUUAUUGGAAUAGUUUGACAUUUUAAGAAGUAUAAUUACAUUAUAAUUUACAUUGUUUUGUUGAACUCUCUCCCCCUGCAAUGGAUUAAUGGCACCCAACUAAAGAAUUAGCACCACCAACAGUUUCUCUUUAGCUGUAGCUAGUACAAAUAUGAUAAUAGUAUGACUAAUCUUAAAUAAAGCGAAACAUUAUUUCCUUCAAUGUGAAACUAUUACUCUAAAACUGAUCAGAAAAUAAUUCCAGCAGCUGUUCUCUGUCAGGGUUGGCCAGUACAGCUACCCACAAUGUUAAUGGUGGACUCAAUUAUAAAGCCAGACGAGACAGAGUAAAUAAUAUCACUUUUACUGCACUUACUCAGAAAAUACAGUGACAGUCCAGAAACCAUUAAUCCAAGUCACACAACAGUCCAGGGUCAAUACCGGCAAACGAACACAGCCAAGGGAUCCAAAACGGGAGGUCAAAGAAGCUGGUCCAGUAGUCGGUACACAGAAUAAACAUACAACAAUGAGGAGGGGUAGGCAGAAAUUGGUGGUCAGUAAACAAUCCGGGGUCAAUAACGCGAAUCACUAAAGCAAAAACGCUGGAAAGUCUGCACAGUCAAGAACAAUCUGGGAGGUUACUGGUGGGAGAAGGCUGCUUACAAUGGGGUGAAAACAGGUGUAGGCAAUGAGCACUGAUUACUAUAAAAAGUCCAUAACAGAGAUGAACCUGGAACAGGAAGUGGCAACAAAAUAAGAGCCUGAAACAGGAAGCAGUAGGACAGAACCCUGACAGUUCUCUAUUUUACAGUUAGUGCACCGGCUUCACUAAUGUAGAGUUGUCUGAAUAACUUUCUUCAAAGUUAAUGCUUGUUACAACACACCCUGGGGCUCCUUCUGCUCUGACUGUAGCCUGUUCAGAUUCCUGACAAACCCAUGUCUCAUGACUUUUCUAGGGUUAUGCUUUCAGUGUGACCAGCUGGGAUGUUAUGUGGUGUCCAGAACAUACGUGUGAGACAAUUCUCUGAUUUUACUUUAUAUUUAGGGCAACUUAAAUCAUGCUGCCAGGCCUUAAAGGAGCCAUCUUUAGUCCGAACGAUUAUAAAUAUAUGGUAUAAAUGAGUCUGCUCUGCUCUGACUCAGAGGACUUUGUACCUUUGUGCUAUAUUUUAAUUAAAGACUCCUCUCAGGGUUUUAGCCACACGUCCAACAAAACCCAAUCACCUGAACACACCAGUGAGUUAUAUUGGCAGGAAAGUCCCUGUCAAAUUCCCCUGCCCUCAACUUUCCCACAGUUUUGUCUCGCACCACUGUAGUUUAUUGUUUUCCCUCUGCCUUCACGCCAGAGUAACAACAUGUAAUAUAGAUGUGAUAAACUAGCACACCGCCUCUCAGGGGCUGCCUUUGCAAUAAUGACCCUUUAUCUGGACAUUAUCUACCACCUGCUUACCAAAGACAGUCACUGUGUGACACAAAAUACAGAGGAAACAUGAUUUAUUACAAGCUAGAAUAAUGUACAAGCUUCUGCCAAAUAAAGAGACUUCUAAGGAAAAUGAAUAUCAGGUUGCUGGUCUGCUGCACUGUAAAUCUAAAGAAUAAUGAAAAAUAGGUUUAAAUUAAAAAAAAAAACCUUUGUGAUUUGAACCUGGAUUACAAAGGUGCUGAUGAACAUUUUUUGUCUUUAAAGAUGUUCUAAAAAGUUGGACCUUUCUUACCAAACAUGGACACCCCUUAUCAUCUUGGAUGGCAGACUGAAGAAGCCCUGUAAGACGAGGCCACUGGAAACUGUGACUUAUUCAAAUGCCCUAAAUGUCUGGUAAUCUCAGCUGUAAGGCUUUAGUGUUAGAUGUCCACUCACUAUAAUCAACUAGAACGUGCUCACACCAAUAAAGUAGUGCAAAAAGCAGUGUACACAUGAUGCCUAAAGGUCAUUCAGAAGGCUUCUAACUUUCAGUGAACUGUUGAGUUUCUGAGUCAUCAAUGUCUGUAUUGUUAAUGUCGUCUCGUAUGUGCAAGUUGGAUAUUUAUCUUCUUUUCCGAACCACUUGUGGCACAGAAAUCCUGUCUGUAAUCAAUUCCAAAAUGGCCUUGAAUCUUUUCACUCCAGUGCACACGCAGCACAUCUGUGUGUGCACUCAGGGUUUUUGAUAAGGUGCUUUGUAUAAAAGUGACAAUAACAUUUAUUACAGAUGUUGUGUAUAUCUUUGAUAUUCUAAUGUUUAUCCUAUUUUGCAAAGAAGAGAGCACAUUUAGGAAAAGUUAGUAAUGUGUGUGUAUUGGUUCUGCACAGGGUCUGAUCCUUGCUUUGUAACUUCUCUCCCCUCAUGGCUAAAAGUAUGUUAGAUAUUUUCUAGCUUUGUAGAGACUUUGUAUGCAUAUGCUAUUCAGUUUAAAUAAAUGGUCCGUUCCAAACUGUGAUCUGGUGUUUUGUCCUGACUCAGUCUGCACUAAACAGUAAAGUCUACAGUCUUAAUUCUAAAAUGUCACUAUUUAUAUUACAUUUAAGCAAAGUUUCUGAACUGCUGCUGCUGUCCACACUACAUCAUUUCACACUGUGCAGCUCAACA